AUGGUGUUGAGCCCUUUUGCUCAGAGAGUACGUAAAGCCGUGUCAUCCCAUAAUAUGAGAGUCACAGGAAUAGAGAGUGCACUUGUGUUUUCGUACAUACUUCUGCACAGUGCUAGUCUAGUCUCAGUGAGAUUAGCCGACGAAGAAGACUCAGGAGGAUUAUUUAUUACGCCACCAAAUGCCGUAGAAAUUGUAAACCACCUUCACAAUUCAAAACUAGAAGUAAAAGAAGGAGAAGAUGUGGUCCUAGAAUGCCAAGUGAAGAACGCCAAGCCCGCUGCCAAGAUUGUUUGGUAUAGAGGGAACCAAGAAAUGAAAGGGGAUAAAGUGUCCAGUGAAGAUAUAAAAGAAGUAGAAGGACCGAAUGGGAACCCAAAAUCUACGAGAUAUACUACAAUAUCAAGAGUACACUUCAAAGCGAUGGCUGAUGAUGACUACGCAGAUUUUACUUGUGAAGCCCGACAUGAGGCUCUACAACGGGAUAUGCCGAUGCGAAGUACCGUUCAACUCAGUGUAUUAUAUCCUCCAGGUGCUCCCUACAUCGAAGGUUAUGCAGAAGGAGAGACAGUCAGACGAGGUCAGAGUUUAGAGCUGGUCUGCAGAAGUCGUGGUGGGAACCCACCAGCCCAACUUAUUUGGUAUAAAAACGGCGAACAAAUCAGAAUGGCGUAUAGAACAAGUGGUCGAAUGUCGGAAAAUGUUCUCUCGUUUAAAGCAGAUGCGUCGGACAACAAGGCGCGGUACACGUGUGAAGCCAAGAAUAUAAUGAUUAGCAACACUCUGAAGGCUGAAAUUGAUUUAACAGUGCUAUUUGCACCAUCCCAUGUCACAAUAUCGGGCCCCUCAGAAGCUCGUGUAGGGGAUCCUGUACCAUUGAGUUGCAGUACAGCCCCAUCGAACCCCGCGGCAGACAUCAAAUGGCUGGUCUUGGGAAAACAUCAUAGGGAAGCUAGCAAUCGCACAGUCAUAUCCCCUGAAGGAGGCUGGAUAACUACAUCGAAUAUAACAGUGGUGGUGGAACCUAACCGUCGCUCGAUAGUGGUCGUGUGUCAUGGCAUCAACGGUCAGUUAACUGAAAACGUGGUCUCUACACACACUAUCAACGUGCUAUAUCCACCAUCGGCUCCCAUGAUAACAGGAUACAUUCCUGGAACGACGCUCUCUUCAGGAACAGUACAAAAGCUGUCAUGUAUAUCCACUGGAGGCAACCCCUUAGCUACUUUGACCUGGUUUAAAAAUGAUAAAAAGAUACAUUCGAUAACGAAAACUACGGACAAGUCAGUGUCAGCGGAGAUAUCCAUCCUCACCAACGUGACAGAUAACCAAGCUCAAUACCGAUGUGAGGCAACAAAUAGUGCUACAGAAAUCCCUCUGUUCGAAACCGUCACAUUGAAUGUACACUUUGCCCCCGAAGCGGUGAAAGUUAGAGCUCAACCUGAGGAGCUUAAACCGGGAAUAGAAGCUACACUAUUCUGUGACGCCGCAUCAAGCAACCCACCGGCCACUUUAUCAUGGUGGAGAGAUGGGAUUCCUGUCCAAGGUCUGCCAAUGCAACUCAAGAAGGGUCUACAUGGAGGCACAGUGUCUACGAUAGAACUAAAAUUGAAUAUAACUAAAGAACUCAACGGAGCUGUGUACACCUGCCAGGCGAUGAACGAGGCGUUGCAGAGGAGUGUGCAUGACGCUUUGACACUUAAAGUUUUAUAUGCACCGAUUUUCGACGAAACAACCCCGUACAACACAGUGGGGGUGGAAAACGAGCCCUUAGUCAUAAUGCUGCGAGCUGAAGGAAACCCUGGAAGCAUAACGUACACGUGGACAAAGGACGGCCUUCCCAUCACACAGUCGUCAUAUAGCACUAUCAAUGACAGAAUUAUAUCAGAAGGCAGUAUGUUGAACAUGACACGCCUGUCGCGCCACGAUGCUGGUAUCUACACUUGUGAAGCUGUUAACUCUCAAGGCGCAAUGGCAGUUAACAUCUCAGUUAACGUACAUUAUCCUGCGAGUAUUAAAUAUGUGGGACAAAGCGAGAUUGCAGAUCCUAAUGAAGAUGCUGUGUUAGCAUGUACUGCGAGUGGUAACCCUCUCACAGCAGAUCACAUCAGAUGGGAAAGAAAAGGUUUUGACAUGGCUUCAAGGACUAUAACAUUUGAUCCCAAAAAUCAUACCAGCUAUCUAACUAUAGAAAAAGCUACUCGAGAAGAUGUGGGUUUAUUUAAAUGUAUUGCCAAUAAUGGUAUUGGAUCAGAAAGCAAAGAAGAUGUUAUGUUGGUAGUAAAAUUUAAACCGGAAAUGGAUACGUCACCAACAUUAGCCAAAUCUGCAUCGAAUGCUGGUCAAGUUGGCAGACUGACAUGCAAAUGCAAAUCAGCUCCAGCGCCAAAUUUCACUUGGUCAAAAAACGGUGCGAAACUGCCUGUGAACACAUCAACGAAAUUUUUUGCUGAAUACCAUAAAAAUGACCCCAUAACGUAUACAUCAGUCCUACUUAUAAACGAUAUAGGGACUUCAGAUUAUGGGUCGUACGAGUGCGGUGCGAGAAACGACUUGGGUUUCAGCACAAUAUCAGUCAAAUUGGAUGUUACAAGCGCUCCUGAUCAAGUGACAUCAAUUGCAGUAACUAACGUUACGUAUAAUUCAGUUUCACUGUCCUGGGUACCUGGUUUCGAUGGCGGCUUAUUUUCCUGGUUUAGAAUACGAUAUCGAAAAAUCUACGACGAAACGUAUAGAUAUGAAGAUGUUACUCCUCGAAAUUCAACAUCGUACACAAUACAUGGCUUGGAACGUAAUACUGACUACGUUUUUUCUGUAAUGGCGAUAAAUAAGAUCGGUCAAAGCAAAUAUCGACCAGACGAAACGAAAGCUACGACGCUUAACGUCAUCCCGUCGUCUGUUCAAUCGAGUUCUGAAGAAUACAACUCGUACAAUGUGCCGGGGGUUUUCAUAAUCACUGGCACUAUAGUUGGAACGGCACUAAUACUUUUAAACGUGCUUUUGGUUGGAUUUUGUCUUCAUCGAAGAACAAAUAAACGUAUACGAGCUUCUUCAGAAGUAGGUGAACUUAACGUGGUUUCAACAGAGCAUGUAGAAUCUGCAGAAAUAUCAAUACCAACUGCUAUUUACAUAUUAAUUGGUGCUGUAGUGUUAGUUUUGAAUGUUUCUUUAAUCGCAUAUUUUUGUUUGAGACGACGUUUGAGACGUAUGAAAGAACAAGCUGGGCAAUCGUCAAAAUCAGCUACCAUAGAAAUGUACGCACCUUCGUCAUAUAACGAUACAAUGACCGGAGAAACUUUAAGCUCGGUGUCUGAAAAAUCUGAAACAUACUCUCAAGAUGGGGAUGAAAGACCACCCCCUAUCCCGGAGGUCCCUAAUAUGCCGAGUAGGCAUAUGUUAAAUCAGACGGAUGCCUAUCUAAUGGAUGACCAAGGACUUAUCCCACCCCCACUCGAUUACCCACCACCCAACUACGCUGUGUAUGAAGGAGAUCAUGCGAGGACAUUACCCCAUCCCCACAGAAAUAAGGAUAUGUCGGGACAUAGCACGUUGGGUAGAAGUGCUGGUAAACAGAGUUACAUGCCAGCACCAAGCCCCAUGCCACCGCUAGAUGGCUCUUACUUCAACAUGGCGUCUGAUAGAUACCUCUCAUAUCCACCGAUUAUAGGAGAAUAUCUACAACACCAAACUGGACGAACUCCCACCCCUCCACAGCAGUACUCAUCAGUAAUGCCAAAGCCACACUUAAUGAAUGGAGUGCCACCUUCUCCUUCUUACAUCGCAAGCCCACCUCUCAACAUGGGAUUAGAUGGUCUAGACAGACAGUCCGCGGGCGGUACUUUGAGAAGACAAAGAUUCGACAAAAUGGCUGUCCCGCCGCCUGACGUCACUGUUCUGCAUCAAGGGAAUUGCAAUCAGCAUCCGCCCAUGAAUCAGACUCCAGCUAUAAAACAACCUCAGUCAAUUUUAAAAGAUCCAUCUAGGCAUAAAUAUGGAAAUCAGUAUGGAAGCCCAAUAUCGUCUAGCACUCCACAAAACUCGAGUCAAAUUCUCACUGUCCAAAACCUCACUUCUGACGUACCUCAAUACGGAACCAUUAAAAAGGAAAAUAAGAAACAAAACGUAACUAUAGACGAAUCGUUCAAUAAACGAAGCGAAACACAUGUAGUU